CUGGAAUGUCUGGAGCUUUCGUAGCAGAUACGCACACACUUCUGCGUCCAAGUCUAAGCAAGAGAGUUACAACUAUCUCUUAGUCUUCGGGGAAGGACUCAUUACCGCCAAUAUUCACAAGUUAAGCUUGGAAGAUGCACUUGUCUGCUCAGUCAGUUCGAGACCUUGGAGUCAGUGUCAGAGACCUACUCAACAUGGCGAGUCAUCUAAAGAGACACACGCGGACACACACCGGUGAAAAACCCUUUAGUUGUGAGGAGUGUAGCAAACAGUUCCGUGUGCUGAGUUAUUUAAAGAACCAUAUGCGGACUCAUACCGGUGAGAAGCCUUAUAGGUGUGAUGAAUGCAGCAAACGGUUCAGUGAGCUAGGUAGUCUGAAGCAGCAUAUAAAGACUCACACAGGUGAGAAACCUUACAGAUGUGAGGAGUGCGGCAGACAGUUCAGUCAGCUGGGUGAUCUGAAGAGUCACAUGCGGACUCAUACCGGUGAGAAGCCCUUUAGGUGCGAAGAAUGCAGAAAACACUUUAGUAAGCUGUUUAGUCUAAAGAGGCACAUGCGGACUCAUACCGGUGAGAAGCCCUAUAGGUGCGAAGAAUGCAACAAACAGUUCAGUCAGCUGGGUCAUCUGAAGCAGCAUAUGAAGACUCAUACUGGUGAGAAACCUCAUAGAUGUGAGGAGUGCGGCAGACAGUUCUUAAAGCUUGGUGAUCUGAAGAGGCAUGUGCGGACUCACACCGGUGAGAAACCUUACAAAUGUGAGGAGUGCGGCAGACAGUUUAGUGAGCUGGGUCAUCUAAAGAGUCACAUGCGAACUCACACAAGUGAGAAGCCCUAUAAGUGCGAAGAAUGCAGCAAACAGUUUAGUGAGCUGGGUAGUCUAAAGAGACACAUGCGGAUUCAUACUGGUGAGAAGCUCUAUAAGUGCGAAGAAUGCAGCAAGCAGUUCAGUGACCUGAGUAAUUUAAAGAGGCAUAUGAGGGCUCACUCUUGUGAGAAACCUUAGUGCGGCAAACAGUAAAGUGAUUUGGUUUCACUGAAGAAAUAUAUACGGACUCAUACUUUCUGUAUAGGUGCGAUGAAUGCAAACAGUUUCUUCAGCUUACUGCUGUAAAGAGGCAUUUGGCGCACUGGAGAAAAAAACUUACAGAUGUGAGGAGUGCAGCAGGCACUUCAGUUGGUCGGAUCAUCUGAAGGGCCAAAUGCAGAUUCACACAAUUCUCCGAGCAGAAGUUUGGUCUCGGAGAUAGUAGUGGUCAGCAUUUUUUCCGGAAAGCCAACAAACAGUAGGUAAAAGUCACGACUACUACUCUCUCCGUGCCCCAGCCUCUGCUUGGAGAAUAUAAUUCGCACCGGCGAGAAUUCCUACCGG